AUGUCGGCUCCAGUGGACCGUACUGAUAAAGGGGUUGGAGCUGUUCCCCAAUCUACAAUCACACCAAAUUGGACUAUUCAAAAUUCUGAUAUAAAAACAGUUAAGGUAACCAAUAUAACAGCUGCUGCUACAGAGAACGAUAUCAAAGAAUUCUUCUCAUUCUCCGGGGACAUUCAAUAUGUUGAGAUGCAAAGGGAUACUGAGAACACUAAGACUGCGUAUGUUACCUUUAAGAAUACACAGGGAGCAGACACGGCAGUGCUCUUGACGGGUUCCAACAUAGCUAAUGCUUCUGUCAACAUUACACCAGUUGAAAAUUAUCAACUGCCUCCUGAAGCUCAACCCUUUAGUCCGUGCUCUUCUGAGGACCGAAAGCAAACUCCUACUGUUGUUAAGAAGGCUGAAGACGUGGUGAGCACUAUGCUUGCCAAAGGUUUUGUUUUAGGAAAAGAUGCAAUUGGCAGAGCGAAAUCCUUUGACGAACGCCAUCGUUUGAGUUCAAACGCUUCUGCCAAAGUUGCUUCCCUUGAUCGUAAAAUCGGGUUGAGCGGCAAACUAAGUGUAGGAACAGCUUUAGUGAAUGAAAAAGUGAGAGAGAUGGAUGAAAAGUUUCAGGUUUCUGAAAAAACAAAGUCUGCUCUUGCUGUUGCUGAGCAAAAGGCAAGUGAUGCUGGAUCUGCUAUCAUGAGCAAUCCUUAUGUAUCAACCGGAGCUUUAUGGGUGUCAAACGCAAUUAACGCUGUUGCAAAAGCAGCUGAAGAUGUAACCACAAUGACUAAGGAGAAGGUUGAAAUGGCUGAGGUUGAUAAGAAAGAGGUCGUUUCCAGUGAAAAGAAAGAUUCCGAGAAACAUUCAGCUGGAAGUUCUCCAAUAGUUGCUACUAAAUCAGAUGAUGGUAGUAAGUUGGGGGGAAUAUAUGAAACUUGA